UACGCGCGUCCGCCGUCCCGCCGCCAGCCAUGGAGCGCGUCCCCGUGGCCGUACUCCUGACGCUGCUCUGCCACCUCGCGGCCGGUCUGCAGUGUCGCGUGGACGACACCAUCGACUGGGAGGAUCCCAACAACCUGUACACGUGCAAAGAUGACAAGAAGUGCUGCACGGAGGAUGCCAAGCCCUCCUGCUGCGGCGAAAUGGAACAGGAGGAGGAGAUCAUGCGGCAGGUGAAGCUGUGGUGCGGCGUGAUCGGCGUGAUCGUGCUGUUCGGCCUGCUCAUGUGGUACGCCAGGUGGGACGGUCAGUGCUGCGACGAGGACACCAAGUGCUGCUGCUGCAGAUCGAAGGCCAAGCCCGUCACAAAGCAGAGGACUCAGAACAUGGGCCGGCCGCCCGGCUUCGGCGGCGAGAACCCGAAGAAGUCUGAGUCGGCUCGGGACCUGCUCACCCACGAGAACGAGACCUACUGAGUGACCCGCCCCCGCCCGACCACCCCCGGGACCGGAGUCGCUCCUCACAUGAAUCGGAGCUGCUGCACAAAACCGGA